CAGAGCUUGCCGCUCAACUAGUCAGCAGCACACCAUCACGGAUACGAAAAAAGACGCGAGUGAAAAAGUUUAUAAAAAGGCGAACAGUGCGAUGCGGAAGAAAAUUGAAUCUCGAUAUACGGAUCUUCGAUAGAUCGUUUGGUGCUCUGGUGCUACAUGUGAAAUUUAAAUCCACUCCCGGCAGCAAUUGUGGUGUGAAAGCAUUCGACAAAAUCGAAGAGGAAAAGCAACCUUGGCGGUUUCCAUUGAAAUAUAAAUAUAGCUAGUGCCGCUACAAUGUGGGAUGAACAAAAGCCAGUUUAUUUACAAAGUGGAAAAUCUUAUCAUCCUAAUUCGUAGCUCCAGAAAAGGCAACAGUCAGAACACAUAAGCGAGCCUUUUCUAGUAGUGCUGUGGAAGCAUACGGUUACAAGGAAAAGUUUUGAGCAUUGGAAGCUUGCGAAGAGGACCGAGAGAAGAUAGCACAUAGAGGAGAUUUCAAAAUUAGAUUUAUGGAUUUUUAAGUGCUUUAUUGUAUAAAGAUUUGUGGCACGAUUCGGUUUCCGUGGAUUUUCUUUCUUUGCUACGUGCGGCUCUCAGAGGAAAAUCAUACAUACAUACAUACACACAUACGGACAGCGGAAGCAUUGCCACGGUGAAGUGUAAAGACCGAAGAUUGUUGAUUUUGGGAAUUACCGCGAGUGACAGUGUGAACAGCUUUGUGUGCAUUGUGGAAACUGGCAGAUCUCUCUUGGCUGUCAAACAGAUGAACGCUUGUUUGGAGAACAUGAUGCGACGGAAAUGUAUAGCUUUAACUGGAUGCUUCCUUCUAGUCAUGGUGCUAUCCACAAUAAGUCGAACAGCAGCAUUUGGUCUGCUAGAAAGCAUGAUGCUAAACCGCGACAUACUGGAAAUGCUGCGUCACGGUGGUUUUGACACAAGAGAACCGGCACGAAUAUUUUUACCACCGAAAUUUUACUCCUCAAUCAUAUUUGAUAGCGGUCAUCGCAGCCCGGAAGAAAUUCUGCGCACAAAUCUGGAGCUUAUGAUGGAGGCAGUUUACGAUGGCAGUCAAAUCCAACGGAACCGAACUUCAGAACCACUAUCGGAAACUACUCGUGUUCUCAAUCGACCCAAUUCUAUUUCGUAUUCCGAGGGAGGUACCGGAUAUCGCAAUAAAGGAAGCAAUGUAUUAGGGAAAAAUUCUGUAACACAUUUCAAAUCGUUUCCACCAUCACCGUCGUCAGCACCUUAUCCGGCAGCAAAAAGGAAGAGCUCGUCCAACUACUUGUCAAUCGUGGCAGAUCAGACGAGAAAUGAUGUGACACAAAUCGUUUCUAGUCACGGUGGCAGACUGAAUGUCGGCUCUACGAGCGUCAACAGUCGUCCGGAUGACCCAUCUUUAGGUUACAAUCUUCGACUAGCUCUACCUGGGGAACCAGAUGUUGAUUAUCCGAUUUUGGGACAUAUCCCCGAAACAGGUUUCACCUGCUUUCAACGACGUGAUGGUUACUACGCUGAUGUAGAAGCCCGUUGCCAGGUGUUCCGGGUCUGUGCCAAUACCGACGACACGGGUAGUGGAUUCGCCUUUCUCUGUCCGAAUGGAACGUUAUUUAAUCAGAAAUACUUCGUCUGCGAUUGGUAUAUGAACGUCCGCUGCGAGGAAAGUGAAAAUUACUACGACAAGAACGAGGAAGUGGGCAAAAAUACCGCUGACUUUGGUAAAAUGAUGGGAGCCGUUAUGUCGAUGGUUAGCUACCCGAUGGUGUCCUCGUUGUUCGCAGGCGGCGAAUUCGGCAGUGAUAAAAGAGCGAAUUUAUUCAACGAUCAUGUGAAUCAUCACAAUAAUGCUGCUUCUGCUAAAGGAGGUGGCUUUAAGCCUUUGGAUGCUCGCCAUCAAGCUCAGCAUCAGUCGAUAGGUGGAGACCGUUCGGGACAGCAACAUGUAGCGAAAACGGGUGACGGAUUCCAAUCAAAAUUCAAUCAAGGAACCACUUAUGGAGAACAAGCUGUUGGGAACGGAGCCAACGUACCAGUAUUAUCUCAGCAAGUGUAUGUCUCGAGCUUAGGAACACUUUCGACUGACCCACUAUCUGGAUUCGAUCCAGCAAAGUCAACGUUUCUUAUUCCACCUUCAAAGAGCAAUGAUGUGGUUCCAUCACGACUGGGAGAAGGUGGAAAAUUGUCAUCCCUGAGCCAGCAGUAUUCUAACGAAGAGACUGUACCUGCGUCUCCAAUUUCGAAUUCCAAGUUCGAGUUGCUUAUGGCGAAUCUGCUGAAGUCCUGGACGGAGACCGGUUACGCCAAGAUGCCUCCACCAAAAACUCAAUCUCACAUGCAAAUUCUUCCACCAUCAGGCGUCCUUCCACCAUCACCGAGCCCAUUCGGUAUUCAUAGAUAUUCGAAUGUUAUUGGAGCUUCUCAGAUAGCACAAGUCCCGUCGGCACCGCACAAUCCGAACCUGUCAACGGUUCAAAAAGUGUUUCGUGUGAAUAAAGCGUACGUUACUCCACAAAGUUACUAUCCUGCCAGUUACUAUGGACCUCCUCGAACCGUACACAGUAAUCCACCCGCGGUUUCUUGGGCUGAAAUUAACAUUCCCAAACAGAUCCCCGAUGCAUCUUUAGUGCUUGCUGUAUCACAACCGCAGCUUUCUCGAAGAAACGAUGUAGUCCGAAACCGAGCAAUGCGACCUGUUACGAACCCUGUAAGACGUGAUGUGCACUAUGAUGUUGAGGUUGUUCCUGCAUUUAGUUACUAUCUCAAUAAUGCAAAGGAAAGAAAAUCAUACCAAGAAAGUCUUAAGAAUUUACCAUCGAUUUCGGUGAUUGUAGAUGAUUUGGUACGAAAAUCAUCUACUCCAUAUAGUGGAUCAUCGUCAUACAAUGUGCCAAUUGGAAGUAUAGGACCAUUAUAUGCUACCAACUAUUAAAUACGGUAAUGAUCGAAACGAAUAGGCGACCAAAGGCUUUCCUGAAACUCUGAACGUAAUGAGGAUACUGAGGUCUUUUUCUGUAGUUGGUAUCUAACAAUACAGAUAUUAGUUCAAUGAGCGGAUAGUGUUAUUUAAAAUGCCGAUAUAU